ACAGAACCCAAAACACAGAUUGUCGACUUUAGUAACGUCGCCUUUUCGUGGCGCUUUGGAUCCAACACCGACAUUCGUACCGUCUACUUCCCAACCUCCAUCUCGUCGCAGCAACGCGAGGCAGUAGGCAAAACCAAAGGUCUCGUUCUCACCAUGACUCCAGGUCUCGGCGCCAGCGGGUCACACCAAAUUCCUUAUAAAGGGGUCCCAACAAUCGGCUGGGUGGACGGUAGAGAGAAUUGGGGGGGCAAUGACGCAGUGGUUUGCGUGUGGUGCCAUUAUUGGAAGGACAAGGAUGCUGAGCAACAAUUCAAGAAGAACGAGCGGAGACCGCCGCGGAAUGGGGAGCCACAUCGUCCGCUGGCGGUAGAGGCCUUUGAGCUAGACUUGCGAAACUUGGGCGCCAUAGGCUGGACAGAGCAUCAUGUGGACUUUAAGCAGGUCAAGUUGGAGUAGUUGUGCGAAUGCGAACAAAAUUAAGUUCAAUCAACAACGCUGCAUUGUGAUAGCAGGGAAUCAGAAUUAUAUUGACGACAUGAAAGGAGCUUCCAAAAGGAUCAGAUUAUAAACCAGCGGAUAUGUUUU